CGUUGUCCUAACUUCGUCUCAAGGGAGACUGACAAAUUAGACCUUAGAUAGAAUACACGCGAGAGUUUCGUGUUGUGCUUUUUUACUGCGGACUCACAGAGCAGAACAGACCCUUGCGGGAUCGUAUUACAAAGUCACGCAAUUACAUAAUUAACUGGGAUAUCGUCACAUACUGUAGAGUAAGGAGCAUUCUUGCAGUUGUCUCGGAUGGACAAAAGUUGUGGCUACAGCAGAUAUAGAUGGGAUACUGGAUACUUCUAGUUCAGGUGACCGAGAGAGACUGUUUCCGAUGAUAUGACUCCGAUCGACGUCAUUAGAAUAUGGCGGAGCAAUUGAUGUAGGUUGGAAGUCGUCCUGUUUUAGAGGGAAGCAUCAUGCCAAAACUUUUUCUUCCUCCACUGACACUGCCUCCUGCUUUACCACCAAAGAUCAUUUCAUCUUGCAGUGGAACUCCAGGCUCAUCAAGUGCUUUUGAUGUCUCCGAUGAACAGAAAAGAUGGCUUGUGGUGGGAAUUUGUCUUCAUAAGAUCUUACUGCCUCAGUUACGAAAGUUCCUCAAACCUGAAAUUCAGAAGCAUUAUAACAAUUUGAAAACAAGUCACAACAUUGACAAACAGACAUUUUCCAAACACCUGGAUAAAGAUCAUGGAAUGAGCCUAGAUUAUGGCAGCAUAAAUAACAAUGAGAAAAACCACAGAAAGAAAAUCAAAAUGUAUGACUACAAUGUGAAAAGUACUGUUGAUUUGGGCAAGCUGUAUUUGAAGCCUUACAUGGCAAUGUUUACUGCGUUUGAUGACACCUGUGACUUAUCGGCAGCUCUUGGGAUAAUUUCCUCUGCAAGUGUGUUUUCCUUACCAGUUCAAAAGCUAGCACAGGAUGUGAAAAAGGAAGUAAGAAACGAGUGGGGUCAUUGCAACUUCACGGUGUGGACUGAACUUAAGUUUGCUAACAGUUUUCGAUUGAUGGACUCAUUUCUUCGAGCUCUAUCUUUGACACCUCUAGAAGAAAAACGACUAACUGAUGAUCUUGGAGACUGGGAAACUAAAGGUUUGCAAAUUUGCUUGGGGCACAUUGUAGAUGAAGACCUUGUAAAGCUGAUGGAACAAGAAGUUUACAAGCUGUCACAAGAUAUUAAGCUUGUCGAGAAAAGCCACCAAGAAGAAGCAAAAAAAGUCGUUGAAACCUUAAAUAGUGUGAAGGAUUCAAUCAACAAAUUCAAAGAAGAAAUAACCAAGGAAGUGGAAUCAAUUCACCAAUCGCAUGAAAUGCUGAGCGAAAAGAUCGAUGAAAUUAGCGGAAAUACCUCGGAGAUUUCUGUAGACAUAAAGAACUUGCAGAAAGGUCAAGAGAAACUCGAUGCUGAUUUCGACAGUAUGAARGAUUCUCAAGAAAAGCUAAGUAAACGAGUAGAUCAAGUGCAAGAAAAUCAUGAAAACCUGGAUAAACAAGUUCAAGCUCUUAAAGUCGCCAUAAAUGAUAAGAAUUCCACGACAUUCGAUGAUACCUUUCAAGCACCAAAUCGCAUUCCCUAUUUCUGUGGUCGUGUGAAAGAACUCGAUUUUCUUGAAAUACCGCUAAAGACCAAAGGCCCGCCAAGUGUUAUAUCUGCCGUAUGUGGUCUUGGCGGAACUGGCAAAACCUCACUGGCUAUUGAACAUGUAUGGAAAAACAAAGACAUUUACAAGWGUGGUGUUUUCUGGCUGUCAGGUGAAAGUGUAAGUCAGUUUCAGAACACCUUAAGUGAAAUGGCGAGACAAGUUGGAACAUUUGAUGAUGAUUUCAAGACAACGUUGUCGAAAACGUUACAUUGGCUGCAGACCAGACAAGACAGUUGGUGUGUUGUUAUCGAUAAUCUUGAUGAAUACGACUUUCAACAUUCCAUUGAUAUGAUGAAAUUCUUGUGUGGACAUUGGAAACGAAGUGCUGCUGGACACAUCAUUAUCACCACUAGACGAGAUGCGAGACAGUUACAUAGCGACAUUCCAGAAGUGUCAAGURACAAUUGCAUCGAAUUAACAAACCUCACAGAGCAAGAAAGCGUGCAGUUUCUCGUAAUGAAAACCCAAAUCACAACCGACAGUGACAACAUUGCGCUGAUGAAAGAUCUGGUUGCACAGCUAGGAUAUCUCCCKUUGGCUCUUGAUCAAGCGGCAGCUUAUAUCAAGAAUACAGGGGUUCAAUUGUCAGUCUACUUAGAAGAGUAUAGGAAACAAAAACUUAAGAUACUGAAGAGAUUCAAAGCUCAUUAUCCUGCACAAGACACUUCCACGGAACGAAUAGCUGUCCACACAACCUGGCAGUUGAAUUUUGAUUAUGUCGACCGUCUSUCCGAUGAUUACGGUAUUGGGAAAGCAGCAUCCUUAGUCAUGGAGGUGUCUGCUUUCUUGUCACCUGAUGACAUUCCUUAUGAGAUCAUUAACGAAGGACUACCGCAAAUAAAUCACGAAGAUCUACAUGACUGCCUYUCUUCCCCAUUGGGUGUCACUGACAUUGUUAGUGUUUUAACUAAGUUUUCAUUGUUCCAAAGGUUUACCGACACAUCUCUGAGUGUGCAUCGCCUCGUUCAAGAAGUGGUAAGAAGCAAGAUAUCGAAGAAUGACGCAAAAAGAGUCCUUACGUGUGCAUCGAGAAUGCUUCAACAUGCAUUUUCUAAUACCAACUCACCGCAAAGCAUCUGUAAAAGUUUUCAAGGAGAUUCAGUUUUUGUACAGGAUGACCCUCCAUCCCUUUAUCUCUGGGGAAAGCUUGGCGCUAAUGCCAGCGUUUUGCAAAAUCACUUGUUUGAAGCAUAUCAUCAAGACGAAUCGCUGGGUCAAGAUUUGAUUUUCACUAAAGAAACGGCUUAUCUUCUAAAUGAAGCAUCAUUGUACCUCAGUGCGUGCAGACAAAAAGCAAAAUCYCUGGAACUGCAAACUGCAAAACUAAAAAUCUUGAAUAAACUUGAGGCGCCUGAAGAAGAUUUGUCUUCUCUCCAAUAUUUCCAUAUUCCGCUUAAGGAUGUCGAGUUCAAGCUUAUAUCUCACUGUUUGGGACAUAAAGAAAAACUGCCACUGCCAGAAACCAAAGAUCAACAAACGAAUGAGAGCAUGCAAAAAAAAGCAGAUGAGUGGAGAGAAAAAGGGAAUUCAAAAUACAAAGAUCAAAACUAUCAGGAGGCGAUUGACUGUUAUACUAUGGCAUUAAAGUUCUUCAACAACGACUAUCGAGCACUCUGCAAUCGAGCUUUGUGUUUUCUGAAAACAAACGAAGAAGCUAAGGCCCUUGACGACUGCGAAAGCUGUUUGAAACUCGAGAAGAAUUACGUAAAAGCUUUGCAACGCAAGGCGUGGGCAUUGUUCGAGCUCUCAAAAAAGCAGACAUGGAUGAAAGGAAAAGCAACUGCCGCAGCUGCUGUUGCUGCGUAUGUAGAUCCAACAUCUUUGAAGGACCAAUCUUUCCAACGAAUGUUCCCAGGUUUAACUUUCUCAAAAAUCCUCAACCCUUCGCAGCUAAUUGGGCAUUUUUUGUACUUAGUCCCAAACCAAACACUUCUGCUUCAUAAAGGCUGUUAUGAUUUGGAGGGAUUUAUGRUCGACGAAGACAUUCAGCUUGUUGCUAUUGAUGACGAAGUCACAAUGAAGUUUAAAGAGACGUUCAAAAUCUUUGGUUGUAAUAUUUACAUGGAAGGCAUAUCUUUUCCCAGAGGAGGUGGAGCGAUCGUUUGUUUGCUUGGAAGCUCGGUCACAAUAUUCAAGUGCCGYAUCUCAAACGGGUUGUCGGGAUGCGAAAACUUUCCAGAGUGCAAUGGUGGGACUGGAUGCAAAGCUGCUUUGUAUCCUGCACGAGAAGCAUGCAAUCGCACAGGUAAAUUUGGAGAACCGACCGUGUCUGGUGUCCCUGGCUAUGCUGGAGUGCAAGUGCUUGAUCACAGUUUUGGAUAUUUUGAGAAUUGUGACGUUGAAAGAUGUGGAGGAGGAGGAAUCCUUUGCCAAGGCAGAGGAUCGAAGAUUAAUAUAAAGUCGUGUAAAGUCCAUCGAAACCUUCAAGCUGGAUUGGAAGCAAGAGAGGGGGGCUGUUUGGAGGCCAUUGAUAAUGAUAUCUAUUCUAAUGGAUACCAUGGAAUAUUAAUUGGUCCUUCUGCUGGAUCUUGCAAAAUUGUGAACAACAGGAUUUAUGAAAAUUGCAAAGAAGGAAUCCUUGUAACUGAAACACCGAAAGAGRAGGUUGUAAUUUUAAAAAAUCAGAUUUUUCACAACCUGCCUUUUGGAAUUUCUCUGCAGCAUUGUCUAGUGCAAAUCCAGCAAAAUGACAUUUUCGAAAACGGUUUUUAUGGUAUCCAUGCAAAGRUUUUAACCACAGCAACUGUAGAAMACAAUGACAUUUAUAGUAACAAAUGUGGAGGUAUUCAUAUGGGGAUCAAUUUUUCUGGUCGUAUUAUUCUCGCAUCUAACAAAGUACGRGACCACAGUGGCCMAUGUUUGGUAACACAAAAAUUCGACAAUUCYYUUUGUAGAACUGAUAAAUUCCAAACGAUCGCGAAGAGCUGUCCAUAUUUAUUUCUACCGCAGGGUGAAUCAAAGUUUUACUCAAAUCCCCCGAUUCUCAAAGACAAUGAGUUUAGGAACAACGAAGAAGAGAUUUUCCACCAUCCAAGAGAAAAGAUUAAGAAACUAGUAGAAACUGAAUGUGCUUUCUGUUGCAGUACAAAAAACAAUCUUCUGAAGUGCUCCAGGUGCAACAUAGCGUCGUAUUGUAGCAUUUCCUGCCAAGAGAACCACUGGGAAAAGCACAAAAGAUUGUGCUCUGCGGUCUCAGAGAAGUAUUUUGUAUUGGUUGAUUUCAACCCGUUUCAUGGAGUGCRCAGGACAUUUGGCCCACACCUUAAGGGGAUUGGGAAGGGCAUCAAGCCAGAUCCUAAGAGUAAGAGGAGAUUCAUUGUCAAAGUCCAAACUAGGCAUCUCAAUUGUCAUCCCCUUCAAGUCAUGACCUUAUAUGACCAAACUACAAGCAUUGAUGGCCAAAUUCAAAGCCCAGACAUUUUUCAUGUUAUAAUGGAAUGUGGUGUAAUAGGGAAAUUCUCUGAAUUUACAAGCAAGAAGGCUUUCUUCUACACAACCUUUGAAAAUCAAAGCAGGAGAAAAUUAAGAAUUGACUUAGCAGAACUAGCUCCCUAUCAAGAAUGGUAAAUGAUAAACGGGUUAUUUGCCGUGACUUGGUGAUUUCAUCGGCGUAUAAGAGAAAUUCUGUCGUUGUGACGUAAUCAUGUCGUCACUACAAGCUUUGACACUUAAUCCACUUAAAAUCUUUUAAAAAUUCGACUGAACUUUCAAAGCGAGUUAUACCGAUAACAAGCUCCAAAGACUAACUCUCUUGUUUAUUCUUAUUUUUUCGGUUGUGACUUUUAAAGGGGAAUAUUUUAAUAAAAAAAAGCAUUUAGGUUUUAAAGGAUUAGGAUAAUUUUCCUUCGACGUACGCCCUAGUUGGUCAGAAAACAUUGUCAUCAGCAAUUAUAGCUAAUUGAGUGUAAGAUAUGCAAUUAAAAUUGCUAUCCGAUGAUUGUGUGA